UUGUAGUCGUCCAAACGCCCUUACACUUUUAUCACUAAACAUUUCAAAGAAUUUUCCAAACUUGUACCCCGUUUUAAACAAGAUGACGUCCACGCUGGAUACGCCGAUAGUCUCCAUCUUCGAUUUGAUGGUGGAACGGCAUAUAAGGCUGCACGGGGGACUAAUAGAUGCGGUCACAAAUGGGGAUACUCCAACUCGUCGGCUUAGACCAGAACGUGGAGCGGCCGACGGGAAGAAAUCCCUUUUCAAAUCCAAACCAAGUCCAAUGAAGUGGCCCUUGCCAGAAGAACCGGAAUUCGUGUCUCCGCCAGCGGCAAAUGCCAUUACUGCCGCACAUUUGACCAAAAAACAUACCACCCUCAAGAUGCAGCCACCGAUCGAGAAGGAUGUGAUCAAGAAGCUGGUGGAGAAGAUGGCCAACGGGCCAGGCAGGACCAGGACCGUGACCCCAAGACAUUCCCAGUCCAACAAGAAGAGCAGUGCCAAGUCCUCCAAGACGGUGGUCAUUGCCCCACGGAGAAGGAAAGUAGCCGGGCAGGGAUCAUUCCGUGUCAAGUCGAAGAUCACCACUCAGCGUCCACCUCUUUCCCCCAGAAGAGCAGUAGAUGUGGGCAAGGAUGCCAAUCCGCAGAGCAAAACGAAGCCCAAGAAGAACUCGCUGGAGAAGAUGGGUCCACAGAUGCGAAAUUCCAGGUCAGUGGAUCCCCUCGGCAAUGCAGAUGUUCCUGUCUCAAAACGAUGGCGUCUUUAGAAGCGAUUUAUCAGUCGAUUUGCAUUCGUUCAAACUAAUUAAAUUUGCACCAAGUAAUGAACAACUUUAAAUCACAGUGAUCCCCCCUGUGAUGGACCGCACUGAAUCCCACAUGAAGGCGAUCAAAAUUGCAAAUGUACUUAAAUGCGGUUUGUCUAGUUUAUAUACGUGAAUAAAAAAUAUUCAUCUGAA